AUGUUUCCCCUCCCCUUCCCAAUUCAGAAGUUAACAUCAAUCAAAAUCCAGAAUGACAAGAUGCGGACUGGAAACCUUCCAGCCAACAUGAAGAAGAACCGUGUUUUACAGAUCAUUCCAUAUGAAUUCAACAGAGUGAUCAUUCCAGUUAAGCGGGGCGAAGAGAAUACAGACUAUGUGAACGCAUCCUUUAUUGAUGGCUACCGGCAGAAGGACUCCUAUAUCGCCAGCCAGGGCCCUCUUCUCCACACAAUUGAGGACUUCUGGCGAAUGAUCUGGGAGUGGAAAUCCUGCUCUAUCGUGAUGCUAACAGAACUGGAGGAGAGAGGCCAGGAGAAGUGUGCCCAGUACUGGCCAUCCGAUGGACUGGUGUCCUAUGGAGAUAUUACAGUGGAACUGAAGAAGGAGGAGGAAUGUGAGAGCUAUACCGUCCGAGACCUCCUGGUCACCAACACCAGGGAGAAUAAGAGCCGGCAGAUCCGGCAGUUCCACUUCCAUGGCUGGCCUGAAGUGGGCAUCCCCAGUGACGGAAAGGGCAUGAUCAGCAUCAUCGCUGCCGUGCAGAAGCAGCAGCAGCAGUCAGGGAACCACCCCAUCACCGUGCACUGCAGCGCUGGAGCAGGAAGGACGGGGACCUUCUGUGCCCUGAGCACCGUCCUGGAGCGUGUGAAAGCAGAGGGGAUUUUGGAUGUCUUCCAGACUGUCAAGAGCCUACGGCUACAGAGGCCACACAUGGUCCAGACACUGGAACAGUAUGAGUUCUGCUACAAGGUGGUGCAGGAAUAUAUUGAUGCAUUCUCAGAUUAUGCCAACUUCAAGUAAGCGGCAACAAGCAUCCAUGGACCAGGAGGAUUGCCUUUAAUAUUUUGUAAUAUUCUGUUUUGUUAAUAUACCCCAAAUUGUGUAUAUAUCUUAUAACUGUUUUAGAAAUUGGUACAUAGGCUUCUAUUACCUAUUAGGUGGAAAUUUUAUAUGUAAAUGUGUUAGCACUGAUAGUCCUUUUUCCAAUGUUUUAUUGGGGAAUUAAAUAGUGUGAUGUUUGGACUGAUAUCGUGAAAUCCUCAGCCGGGAAAUUGGGCUGGAUUGUGCUUUGGUUAAUACAUCUUUCCCUAAAGAAGAUAAAAACAAAAUCCAUUCCAGGUAGCUCAGCACCAACUAAGAAAAAAAGCACAAAGUACUCAGAGCUCCAGAGGAAAGUGGUUGUCCCCAUACCACCAUGCACUGUAAAUAUCCCUCCCCUCGCUCCCUGGUCCCCUCCCCUGUCCCCACCACCUAUAUCAUGGGAGUAAUAGGACCAGAGCGGUAUCUCUGGCACCACACUAGGGACUAUCAGGUAAUAAAAGCUUUGACUCCCUGAG